GACCCCAAGGAGGGAAACUGGUGGAUGCAAUUUGGGAACAACUAUGUAUUGGGAUACUGGCCAGGUUUCCUGUUUCCCUACCUUUCUGACAGUGCUUCAAUGAUUGAAUGGGGUGGUGAAGUUGUAAAUUCCGAAUCUGAGGGCCAACACACUUCUACUCAAAUGGGCAGUGGCCGCUUUCCUGAUGAAGGUUUUGGGAAGGCCAGUUAUUUCAGGAACAUACAAAUAGUGGAUGGUUCCAAUAAUUUGAGAGAUCCCAAAGAUAUUGGGACUUACACUGAGCAGCCCAAUUGCUAUGAUGUCAAGACUGGCAAAAUGGGCGACUGGGGCAGUUAUUUUUACUAUGGUGGGCCUGGUAGAAACGCAAAUUGCCCAUGACCAAAUGGGUAAUUUUCUAGACCUUUAAAUGUGAUAUAUAUAUAG